GCCACACAACAGGUCCAAAAAGGGACCAAUCACAGCUGAUCACAUGGGACAUGUACACUGAUCAUCAGGGCACUGAUGAUCAGUGUGCCCUGAUGAUCAGUGUAGCCCCAGCAGUGCCAGCUGUCAGUGUCCAUCAGUGCCACAUCAAUGCCACAUAUCAGUGCCCAUCUGAGCUGCCUUUCAGUGUCACCCGUCAGUGCCACCUAUCAGUGCUGUCAAUCAGUACCACCUAUUAGUGCCAGUCAGUGCUGCCUAUCAGUGCCAUGUAUCAGUGCUGCCUUUCAGUGCCCAUCAGUGAUGCCUGUCAAUGCCCAUCAGUGCUGCCAAUCAAUGCCACCUAUCAGUGCCAGUCAGUGCCGCCUAUCAGUGCGCAUCAAUGCCGCCUAUCAGUGCCAAUCAGUGCCGCCUAUCAGUGGGCAUCAGUGCCACCUAUCAUUGUCAGUCAGUGCCACCUAACAGUGCCAGUCAGUGCCACCUAUCAGUGCCGCCUAUCAGUG